AGAACUUUAUUUACUGCAGAUGGACAGCCAGCAAUGGAUGGCAUGUGUCAUCCUGUCCUUAGCUAUAAUCGGCUGUUUUGGAAAUGCUCUGUCUUUCAUUCUGUUCAGUCGACCCCACAUGCGAUGUUCAUCGGUUAAUAUAUUAUUGUGUGCCUUAUCAUUCAUCGAUUUUUCGCUUCUGCUGCUUUGUAUACCUACUUUUGUUAUACCAAACUUAGACCUUUGGUCAUCACUACAGUCACAAACGACAUAUCUCGCUUAUGUCCUAAAUAUUUUCUACCCAGUAAAUCUUACCAUGCAAACUUGUAGUGUGUACACCAUGGUUAUGAUCACCUUUGAACGAUGGACAGCUGUUUGCCGACCAUUGCAGGUUCGAGUAUGGUGUACCCCUAAGAAGUCGCGGAUAGCAAUCAUUUGUAUAUUCAUUUCUGCUGCUAUGUACAAUUUUGCCAGAUUUUUUGAAUAUCGCCUAAUUCACACACCCGACGGUGCUAUCUACGAAAAAUGGCUCAGAGAUCCCGAAAAUUAUCGAGUUUACUACGUUGGCUACUACACUAUACUCUACCUAUUGACUCACUUUCUUUUACCAUUCACAACCAUGGCGGUUCUAAACGGUUCAGUUAUCCUAACGAUGUGGAGAGGACGUCAAAUGCGCCAAAUGCUGACGAGACAGCAGCAAAGAGAGCAGUCGACAACAGUGAUGUUACUGAUUGUAACUAUUGUGUUUGCCGUCUGUAACACGCUACCCUUCCUGUUGAAUGUGGUCGAAAGCGUCUUUCCGGAUCUAUUUGUGGAUCCACGCACCAGCCACAUUGCCUAUACAAUCAACGACCUCUCAAAUCUGCUCGUAGUGCUUAAUUCGGCCACUACAUUCAUUGUGUACUUUAUGUUCUCGGAAAAAUAUCGGCAAACGUUACUCUUCAUCAUCAAGAAUGGCUGUUGCGCUUCUAUCUCGGACUAUAACACAUAUACAGCAAUGUCGAGAACAGCUUCGAUGAGAGUUACCUCAGCUGGAGAAUUACAAAGAACGGCGAGCAAGUUAAGCACCUGCAGCCGAAACUCGGAAGUUCUGUUAAAGCCCCUGCCAAAGCGGAACGAAAGGUUCUGCUCCGAAUACAACAGUAGAACGGGUAAAUAUCAUGACGAGUUUCGAUUGCCUCGUUUACCCACCGAGAAGAGAAGAAAGAAGAAUAAAAAAUCCGUAGCCGACUCCCUCAUUGCUCGUCCACCAGAAAUUCGUGUAACAUUCAGCGACGAUAUACCGCCACCCCCAAAAACUUCUUGAACUUUUCUCUACACUUAGAGAAAUUCUCUUCCAAGCUUUACUUAUGCUUACAGUGUAUUGUUCACAAUGUGCUAACAAACACGGGUAUUUUCUAUUCAC